AUCCAUGUUACUCUUUAUUAGACAGUACAGCUAAAGGUAGAAUGGUGCUAUAUUAUGGCUGCAGUUUGCUGCUGCUUACAUUCCUUGCUCUGCCGGGUCUAUUGCUCGGGGACAUGGUAUUCCAUUGUCCGAGCUGUGCUGCGGAGCGCCAAGCUGCAUGUCCUAAGCUUGCUACAACCUGUACUGAGAUAGUCAGGGAGCCCGGCUGUGGCUGCUGCCCAGUGUGUUCCCGGUUAGAAGGCGAAUUCUGUKGCACACCGAGGUGUUCCACAGGGCUGCGUUGUUAUCCCACUGCAGAUUCAGAAUUGCCCUUGGAGCAGCUGGUUCAGGGGUUAGGACGAUGCUCACACAAAGUAGACCCGGUACCCAACCUCACUCAAGAGCAUCAGGACAAGAGUGGACCUAUAGUGGAGCUGCAGGGCGCUGAGGGUCCCCCUCAGAAGAAGCCGACCAAAGAUGCCAGCCCCUGGAUGUGGUCCAAACAGAAGGCUGUGAGGCAGGCCCAGAACGAGCUCAAGACCAAGAUGAAGACCAACACCCGCCCUGAGGAACCUAGGACCCAGGGUGCUUUUCAGAGCCAUUGUCAACAGGAGAUGGACAAGGUGCUGGAGGAGAUCUCCAAGAUGACCUUCCAUGACAACAGGGAACCGCUGGAGAAUCUGUACGAGCUCAACUUCCCCAAUUGUGACAGAAGGGGCCAAUACAAUCUCAAACAGUGCCACAUGUCCACCCACGGUCAGCGGGGCGAGUGCUGGUGCGUUAACCCCAUCACGGGUGUCCAGAUCACCCAGUCCACGAAGGUGCGGGGGGACCCCAAAUGCAGCCAGUAUGUGGAGGAGCAGGAGAUGGCGACUGGGACACUGCCCACUGUCGUCCUGCAUAUGGCAGAGGCAUAGCAGCGCUUCACCCACAUCCAGAUAUCCCCAAUGGUGGAACGGUCCAAAUUGACUGACAGCUGAUAUUGUUGUCAUGUGCAUUGGUUUCUUUCUAUGUAGCCUACAUGUUUUUGUUUAAGUGUGUGUAUAAGUGGGGUGUUGUCUUUAUAUGUUUAUGUGUGCGUGAGAGGGAGAGAUAACGAGUACUUCUCUUGUCUUAGGACAGGUCUCCCUUGUGAAAAAGAUUUGUGCAAAUCAAGAUGUUUGAUAAAAGGGGUGUGAGAACAAGGCAAGGACAUUAUCCAUGCUACAAUUCAAAGCAAGUUUCAUGAAUAUGUAUUUACUGUGUGGGCAUAAGCACUGUACGUGCGUGUGUGCCUGCCUGCUUGCUUGCUCAUGUGUGUGCGUGURUCUGUAUGUGUGUGUGUGUGUUUGACUGGCUGUGUCCCCUGCUAUUCAUAGGCUAGGUGCUGCGAGUAGCAUGGAUGCCGGAGAUAACACUAUGCUAAUCACGGGGCUGUCACUGCAUCUGGUUCAAUUGAUGUAUCAGGCGGCAUAUAACCUCCCAUUUAUGCAGCUGCUUGCCUUCCAUGCCACGUUCCAUAUCUAUUUAUUCAACCUUUCUCUCAUCACACUAGUCAAUAUGUGUGGUGGACUAACAAAGCCUCACAUUAAGCCCUUGACAUAUAGAAGAUCCGUA